AUGAAGGCUAUCCGCCGAUCUCUCAAGAGUGACAAAGACGGGAGGCAGCCGCCGAGCCUGACCAUCACCCCCAAGACGAUCCAGGCCCUGCCCCCAAAGAAAGUUAUAAAAGCCUUAUACGACCACGAGCCCAAAAAUGGCAAUGCGCAAGAGCUGUCAUUCCACAAGGGCGACUUCUUCCAUGUCCUGAGCCGCGAAGACGAUACAGAGUGGUACGAGGCCUGCAAUCCGCUCAUCCCGUCCGCGAGAGGGCUGGUGCCCGUGGCCUUCUUUGAAGUUGUCGGUAAAAACCAGCGACAAAGUGAAAAUUCUCUAUCAUCCCCAGGAGAGAAGAUGGAUGGUCACGAUUCGGGGUUUUCAGAAAAAGGUUCAACCAACUCGGGCCACACAAGAUCCGAAUCAACAGCAACCACAAGACCUAGCGCCGGAUUACACCAGAGAGGACCAAGCAUGACCGGAAGAAGCGCCGGCGCCAUGGUGUAUGGUGUAGUGCAGUACGAUUUCCAUGCUGAAAGGGCAGAUGAACUGGAUGCCAAAGCCGGAGAGGCAAUUAUCGUCGUGGCGCAGUCCAAUCCUGAAUGGUUCGUUGCGAAGCCGAUAGGACGGUUAGGAGGACCAGGGUUGAUUCCGGUUUCGUUUGUCGAUAUUAAGGAUACAGCGACUAUGCAAUCGGUGGCCGAUCCCCUUGAGGCAGUCCGAAAAGCAGGCGUGCCUCGAGUUGAGGAAUGGAAAAAGUUUGCAGCAGAAUACAAGAACAGCAGUAUCAGCCUGGGCAAAUUCGACAGUCCCCAGGCCCAAAUGUCGGCUGAGAUGGCUCGAAUGAGCCUUCAGAAUGCGUCCUCGCAGCAAUCACUUCCCAGUGCGAACUAUAACGGUGCGAGAAUAUCGCAGCAGUCAAAUAUCCCUCUUGCGCCCAUCAGUGCUUCAGUACCCCGAUAUUGUUUCGACAACGACAUGUACUGGUAUAUUAUUGAAUGCCAAAUGGAAGACGGCCGGUGGUGGGAGCUAUCGCGGUACUACGCUGAUUUCUACGACUUUCAGAUUGCCUUACUGGAAAUGUUCCCAGAAGAGGCCGGCAACAAGGGCAAGCCUCGUACCCUGCCCUUCAUGCCUGGGCCAGUGGCACAUGUCACCGAUGCCAUCUCCAACGGUCGACGCCAGAAUCUGGAUGAGUAUAUCAAGAAAAUAGUGGCAAUGCCACCUCACAUCUCCAAAAGCAUGCUUGUGAGGAAUCUAUUCAAGCCCAAACCAGGCCAAGAUUUUGAAAUUGAUCCCAACGCGUUGGGAGAGGAUUACCGACUAUCUGCGGGAUCACAGCAAUCGAUGCAACCAGUCUCUCGGACGUCCUCUAACCAGCAACCGCCGGGUAUGGGGUACGGGGGUAUGCCACCUCCCAGUGCAAGAACGUCCCAGCAACACCGGGUUCCUGUACCCAUGUCCGCUGGGACCGGCGUGGCCAUGGCAGGGCCACCAUUCUUACACUCCCAAGCCAGCAAUCUGACGCAAAAUUCCAACUCCUCGAGCAUGAAGGCUAGCAAUGCCGGAGCUGCUAUGAAAGUGAAGGUGUUCUUUCAGGAUGACAUUAUUGUUCUCCGAGUGCCCCAGGACAUUAUAUUUGCAGCGCUGAGAGAGAAGUUGAUGGAACGGCUGAAGGUCAACGAAGAUAUUGUCAUACAAUACAAAGACGAGCCAACGAACACUCUGAUUGAUCUCGAGAAUGAUGACAACCUCGAUGUUGCGCUGCAACGGAAUCCGAAACUCACACUUUAUGUCAAUUAUGCGACAGGUUAG